CCACGAUGGAGCCGGAUCCGACAUGUCUUCCGCUAUGCGUUCUCCGAGUUCUUCGGCACCAUGAUCAUGAUGCUCUUCGGUGACGGGGUGGUAGCGCAAGUGCUGCUCAGUGGGAAACAGAAAGGCGAGUAUCAGUCAAUCACCUGGGGCUGGGGCCUCGGCGUCAUGCUCGGGGUCUACGUCUCCAGCCCCUCAGGCUCGCACCUCAACCCCGCCGUCACCCUCGCCAGCUGCCUGCUCCGCCGCUUCCCCUGGCGCCGAUUCCCCAUCUACCUCCUCUCGCAGGUGCUAGGCGCCAUGUGCGGCGCGGCCAUCAUCUAUGCAAACUACCGCUCGGCCAUCGACGCCUACGAGGGGGGCUCUACAAUCCGCACCGUCCCCGGGUACUCCUCGACCGCCACCGCAGGCAUCUUCAGCACCUAUCCCGCCCCGUUCAUGACGCGGACGGGCAUGUUCUUCUCCGAGUUCAUCGCCAGCGCGAUCCUGAUGUUCGGGAUCUUUGCCGUGAAGAAUAACACCGAGCUCAAGCAGGACAACGCCGCCACUCCAACAAACCCCCGUCUCCCCCUCAUGAUGCCCCUAGCCAUGUUCUUCCUCAUCUUCGGCAUCGGCGCCUGCUUCGGCUGGGAAACAGGGUACGCGAUCAACCUGGCCAGGGACUUUGGUCCGCGCCUGGUGGCGUAUAUGAUCGGGUACGGGACGGAGGUCUGGACGGCCGGAGGAUAUUACUUCUGGAUCCCAAUGAUCGCCCCCUUCCUCGGCUGCGCCGUCGGCGGCUGGCUCUACGACGUCUUCAUCUACACCGGCGCCGACAGCGUGGUCCACGCAUCCCCGCUGUUCGGGCUGGGCCGC